GGAGAUCCAUGUGGGGGGGUGAGGGGGGAGGCCAGCUACUUAGCUUCUCACCUUCCCCUCAGGGUCCGCAGUGCUCAAGUUGGGGGCAAGAUGAAGGAGGAAGAGACAGAGAUGGAUGCGGUUGGGAAGAAGGAAGAGGCACAGAUGGGCAAGGUCAGGAGGAAGGAAGAAGAGCAGAAGCUGGACGAGUUCAGGAUGAAGGAAGAAGAGCAGUGGAUGGAUGAGGUUGGGAAGAAGGAAGAAAAUGCACACAUGGGCAUGGUCCGGAAGAAGGAAGAGGAGGUGCAGAUGGUCACGGUCCGGAAUAAGGAAGAGGAGAUGCAGAUGAGCCCAGCCUGGAAGAAUGAAGAGGAGAUGCAAAUGGGCCCAGUCUGGAAGAAGGAAGAGGAGAUGCAGAUGGGCCCGGACCAGAAUAAGGUAGAAGAGGCACAGAUAAGCUCAGUCUGGAAGAAGGAAGAAGAGCAGAUGGCCCCAGUCGGGAUGAAGACAAAAUCAUCCUCUGUGUUUUCCACAUAUUCUCUUUCUUACCCAAGCACGUCUAGGGCCUUGGAGCCACAGAACAGCCGCCGGAAAGGGAGACGUUCCUGGUGGAGCUGCAUCUCUCCUCUGAAUGCCCACCGGCUACAGCCCAUCAGACAAAAGACAGAAAAAGCAGUGGUCACUAUACUUGAAACAGAGCAGGUGUGUGUGGAGCUCCUGAAGGAAUUCGACUACCAGGAGUACGUGAAGGAAGUUCUUCUAAUAUCCCAUGAUGGAAAUUCGAUCACUGUUUAUCAUCUGAGUGAACGAAAAGAUUACCCUCUUACGAAUAAACCACUCCUUCCUCAGACAGACACAACUAGGUAUAGCUUUGAGUCUUUACCAGAAAAAUACUGGAAAAACUAUCAAUGUGCUUCCAGAUUUGUACAGCUCAUGAGAUCUAAAACACCUAAAAUAACAUACUUUUCACAAUACGCUAAGUGCAUUUUGAUGGAGAAUUCCCCUUGUGCUGACUUUGAAGCUUGGUUUUAUGAUGGAGCAAAAAUUCACAAAACCCACGGCUUGAUUAACAUGAUUGAAAAAUCUGGGAAAUCCUAUACUUUGAGAGAGACUGAAGUCAAUAACUUGAAAGAAGAACAAAAAGUCUAUGUAAAUCAUGCUAAUGAGAAACAUCGCUUUUGCCUUUCACUAGAAUCUUUUACUACAGAAGAAGCAGCCAGAAGUAGCAGUGAUCCCUUCUUUCCGAUGAUUCUGGGAAGAGAGCCAGAAGACCCCGUUUCCCCACAGGCUAUGUGUGGCCCCUCCAACUUUCAGGGAUCCAGAUUCGUUAGGAAAAGACCCAGGCAUCGUUAAGUAGGAUGGUGGCAAGCAACACUAGGGCUGCUUACAAGUAUAAGGAUUGAAAUUAAGGGUUUGAAUAAAUACUUGUGAAUUAUCAA